AGCGUUGUGGCUCGAGGCCCUGCCCCUUGCCCGCGCAGCGCGCUUCCUUCUGCGAGCGCGAGGCGGCCCCUUGCGCAGGCGAGGCGCCCGAUGCUCGCCGCGCUGUGCGAGGCGGCGACGUGGGCGCGCCGCGAGAAGCGCGAGGGGCGCCGCCGCGAGGGCUGCUUCGGGGGCGUGGUGGCGAGGCUGCCCGUGCUGAAGGCGGGGUUCUGCCUCGGCGGCGGUGGCUCAAAGGCAGCGCUGGCCGACUCGAGGCCGUCGGCGGAGCAGCCGUGGAGGCGCCCCCCGGUGCCCGCGCGCACCAAGGAGGACCUGGGGCUGCUGGAGGCACAGGCGCAGCAGCUGCGCAGGACGAUCGCGCGCCGGAAGACCGUGGAGGGGGCGGGCGGGGCCCGCCGGAGGCGCGAGUUAGGUCGGGAUGCGCAAGUUGGUGCAGUGUCUCUGCUCCGAGAUGCAGCACUGCGCAGCCAGUUCACGGCCAGAGGGCGGCUCCGUGUCAAGUUCGGGUUCUGCGUGAUGGCGGAGGCCGCCGCCGCGGGCCGCGGCGGCGCGCGGGCGGCGAUUUUUUGCGGCGCCGCCGGGCCGCGCCGGCGGCUGCCGCGCGGGCGGCGGGCGGCGCCUGCGGCGUACGGGGGCUGCGGUCGGCCCUACUUGGAACUGUGCGCGCGGCUGUGGGUCGCCCGCCCGAUGGUCACCGCCGCGCAGACCGGCGGCGAGCAUCGGGAGAAGGCGUUGGACCAGCUCUUCAGCCGCAAAGGCAGAGGGCGCGCCUACGCGGACACCCACUUCGCCGGCCACCUGCUCGCGGCAGACAGGGCCGAACACUUCGUUCGCGCCUUCGACGCCGCCUCCCGGCGCCUCCAGCGGGCGCGCGGGCGCGCGACUGACGUUCGCCUCCUGGCGGCGACGGUUGCGCUUCUGCGAGCGGCGCGCUCGGGGUGCGCGCGAUUCCCGCGGGCGCCGGAGCGCGCCUCCCCGCUUCGCGCCCGCCUCGCCGCGCCCCCCGCGGCGCCCCUCCUGCCCCGCCCGGGCGCCGGGGCGCUCGGCUUCUGCCCCCCGCCUCGCCGCGCCCCCCGCGGCGCCGCCGCGGCGCCGCCGCGGCUCUUCGCUUCGCCCGGGCGCCAGAGCUUCUCCCCGCCGCGCCCCCCGCCUUCGCCUCGCCGCGCCCCCUGCUGCGGCGGCGCCGCUGCGCCCGACGGCGCCGCCGCGGCCCCCCGCCGCCUCGCGCGCGCUGCGGCCCGCACGCGGCCGCGCGAGAUGGGGGCGCCCGGCUGCGGCCGCGCGCGAGCGGCGCCGGGCGGCCGCGCCGGCGGAGGCGCCGUCGACGCCGAGCCCUUCGGGGGCGCGAGGGCGGCGCCAGGCGGGGGCGAGGAUGUGACAGCCCGUGCCCAGGAAAACCCCGGCGAUCACGUAAAGGGUCCGGAGCUGCGGGGCGCGCGCGCACGGUGA